AACAAAACAAAAAACCCAGGUUUUGAAACAAAACCCUAGCAACUUCUUCACGGGAGAGAGAAACGGCCACAGCCACCGGCAGUAAACACCAUCCACCACACCAUGGCUACCCUGUCUCAGAAGGAAGCUGACAUUCAGAUGAUGUUGGCCGCUGACGUCCACCUCGGCACCAAAAAUUGUGACUUCCAAAUGGAGCGUUACAUUUUCAAACGCCGAAAUGACGGUAUUUACAUUAUAAAUCUUGGGAAGACAUGGGAAAAACUUCAACUUGCUGCAAGGGUUAUUGUUGCGAUUGAGAAUCCUCAGGACAUUAUUGUCCAGUCUGCUAGGCCUUAUGGACAAAGAGCUGUUCUCAAGUUUGCUCAGUAUACUGGAGCUCAUGCUAUCGCUGGAAGGCACACUCCUGGAACCUUCACCAAUCAACUUCAAACUUCCUUCAGUGAGCCCCGUCUUCUCAUCCUCACUGAUCCAAGAACUGAUCACCAGCCAAUCAAAGAAGCCGCACUUGGAAAUAUUCCCACAAUUGCAUUCUGUGACACUGAUUCUCCUAUGCGGUAUGUUGAUAUUGGAAUUCCUGCCAACAACAAGGGAAAGCAUAGCAUAGGUUGUCUCUUUUGGCUUCUGGCUAGGAUGGUGUUGCAGAUGCGCGGUACUAUUCGCCCAGGCCUUAAGUGGGAUGUGAUGGUGGAUCUAUUCUUCUAUAGAGAACCUGAAGAGGCCAAGGAGCCAGAGGAGGAUGAAGUUCCUCCCCCAGAAUAUGUCAUUGCCGACUUCAAUGCAGCUCCAUCUGAUGGUCAGUGGCCCGCUGCAAUUGAUCAGUCAUGGACAGAGGCUGCUCCUCAGCCUAUUCCAGCAGUUCCAGCAGUCAACUGGACAGCCCCAGAAGCUGUUGCAGGGGACUGGGGUGACGCAGUUCCAGCACCACAACAAAUUGCCACUCCCGGAAUUGAAUCAGUGCCAGCAACCGGCUGGGAUUAAACUAGUUUAUGAUCUUAUGAUGUUCCAUGACCCUAAGUUAAUCUUACCUUUUCCUUCCCAAAGUAAAUUUGGGUCAGACUUUUUUUGAUAGCAUAGAAACAUUUUUCUUCAAGUUUUGGUAUGAAUGACAGAAAUAUUGUUUAUGACCUGUGAGAUAUAUCAAGUAAAAUUGUACUUUUA